UUACCUGCGGCCACCGCGCUGCUGAUCCGUGCGAGGAGAGUCCGCUGUAGCAGCGGCGCCUCGGGCGUGUUAAGGACGUCGGUUCCGUCACUGCAGGUGUGUGAGGACCGGGAUGGCCGCCUGGGUGCCCGCUGACGCGCUGGGCACGAGAGUGCUGUGUGGCACGGAGUACGGCACCGUGCGCUACGUCGGCAGCGUCCCGCCCCAUGCAGGAAUUUGGCUUGGAGUGGAGUGGGAUGAUCCUCAGAGAGGAAAACAUGAUGGUACCUAUGAAGGAACGCAGUAUUUUAAAUGCAGGCAUCCCAGAGGAGGGUCGUUUAUCCGCCCAAACAAAGCAAAUUUUGGAGUAGAUUUUCUUACUGCAGUAAAGGACCGGUAUGGAUUGGAUGAAAAACAAGAUGCUCAAAAUGGAAUAGAGAAUACACAUGUAAUUGGGAAGAAGACUGUGGAAUUUGUUGGCAAAGAUUCUAUUGAAAAAAAACUAAGGCAACUGCACCAACUGGUACGUAUCUCAGUGUAUGAAGGCAUGGUGAGCCAUGCUGGUCAGAAAGAGGAAAUCAGUGCAACGUGUGCUAGUAUCAGACAUUUAGAUCUUUCAAAAAACCUGGUGGCAUACUGGGAUACAGUAAUAGACAUUGCUUCUCAACUUCCAGAUCUGGAAACGCUUGAUAUCAGUGGAAACAAAAUGAAAUUUCCAUCUACAUCAAUGUCUAAAUCUAUUGCAUUUUCAAAGUUGACAGCACUGGCACUUAAUCAGACUGAGAUAACAUGGACAGAGGUUCUUCUUUGUGCUCCAGGAUGGCCAGUACUUGAAGAAUUAUACCUUACUUCAAAUAAUAUUACAGUUUUGGAAAGGCCUGAUAAUGUCCUGCAGACCCUGAAACUGUUAGACCUUUCAAACAACCAGCUACUGGAUGGAAAUCAGCUGCACCUGAUAGGACAUCUCCCCAGAUUAGAACAAUUAAUACUUACCAGCAAUGGAAUAUCUUCUGUACACUUUCCCGAUGCUGAGUUUGGAUGCAAGACUAAAAUGUUUCCUUCCUUAAAACGCCUUGCAAUAAAUGACAAUAAAAUCUCACAGUGGUCGUCGAUCAAUGAGCUUGAAAAACUGCCAAGUUUGCAGGUACUGGAGUGUCGCAAUAACCCUCUGAUGGACACAGAGAAGAAUCCAGAGACCCUGAGACAGCUGAUUAUUGCCAAGAUAAGUCAAUUGGAGGUUUUGAACAAGUCUGAGAUUUUUCCUGAUGAGAGAAGAGGAGCAGAGCUUGAUUAUCGCAAAAUAUUUGGGAAGGACUGGCUAGAAGCUGGAGGGCACUGGGAUCCAGCGAGAAACAAACCCAGUGAAGAAUUUCUUGCUGCCCAUCCCAGAUACCUAUCUCUUUGCCUUAAAUAUGGUGCACCUGAAGAAGGAGAACUGAAGAGACAACAGCCUUUGACUCUGAAAAAUCAACUUUUGACUUUGACAAUUAAAUGUCCUGACAACCCUGAGCAGAAGCCUGUAGAGAAAAAGCUACCAGAGUCCAUGACUAUUCAGAAGGUCAAAGGAUUGCUCUAUCGCCUACUUAGAAUUCCUGGUUCGGAACUGAAACUGUCCUACGAAAGUUCUAAACUAAAAGGAAAAGAAGUUGAACUUGACAACGACUUAAAGCCUUUGCAGUUUUACUCAAUAGAAAAUGGAGACUCUGUGUUAGUACGGUGGUAAAAAGAGACACCCUUGGCAGACUGAAGGAAAAGCCAACACUGGAACUGCAGAAGCGUCACGGAGUGUCUGCAGACCUGUGUGCAACCUGUGCCUGACCACGUCUGGGAGAAGGUGGUAGCAGAGGGCUCAGUGGUAAUACUGCCAGCUCCUAAGCUUAGUGGUGGUCUCCAUGAAAGCCUUUACUUUUGAUUGGAGUGUCUUAUGUAAGAGAUACCAAAUAAAUAGCGCUUACAUUCUUCCAUUAAAUAAAUCUCCAGGUAACCCUUUGGCCAUUAUUUUA